CUGUGUUAAACCAAUAAAAUCUCUCAGUUUUGUCUUGUCACCUCAACAGGGAAGUAGGCAGCACUUACAAAUUCACAUCGCCAGGCUUGGCUGUUCUCGCAGGGAGUUUGCAGAAAGCCUGCGUCCCGUGUGUGAGGGUGUCUGUUCAGGAUUUAACAGCCAGGUUCUCAUCUUCUUAACAAACCUGUAAAACGCCAACGUCUCCACAAACACAGAACUGGUCAUCAAGAACUGGCUUCGGACUCAAGGAAAAGGAGCACAGCAACAGAUGAGAAAAUGAGCCUUCCCCUCUCUCGUUCAGAAGUGUUUGGGGAGCUGCGCAAGGAGCUCUACGACGAUGAAGAGUUCCACCAGUCCGAUGUGCACAUCUUCAUCAUCAUGGGAGCGUCGGGGGAUCUGGCAAAGAAAAAGAUCUACCCAACUUUGUGGUGGUUGUUCAGAGACGGCCUCCUCCCUGAGCAGACAUAUUUUGUUGGCUUUGCUCGCUCUGAUCUCACAGUUGAUGCCAUCCGGACUUCUUGCAUGCCAUACCUGAAGGUGACAGAGACAGAAGCAGAGCGGUUGUCUGUCUUCUUUGCCAGAAACUCUUAUAUCAGCGGGAAAUAUGGAGAUGAUGCUUCCUUCUCCAAACUCAACGCACAUAUGCUGUCUCUGCCUGGAGGAUCUGAGGCAAACCGCCUCUUUUACCUGGCUCUGCCACCGACGGUCUACCAUGAGGUCACUAAGAACAUCAAGCAUCACUGCAUGAGCACAAAGGGCUGGAACAGAGUGAUUGUUGAGAAGCCGUUCGGACAUGAUCUACAGAGCUCUGAGGAACUGUCCACACACCUCUCAUCUCUCUUCAGUGAGGACCAGAUCUACCGUAUUGAUCACUAUCUGGGCAAAGAAAUGGUGCAGAACCUCAUGGUACUCAGGUUUGGGAACCGAAUCUUUGGGCCGAUCUGGAACAGAGAUAGUGUCGCCUGUGUUGUCCUUACCUUUAAAGAACCCUUCGGCACUCAGGGCCGAGGAGGCUACUUCGAUGAUUUUGGCAUCAUUCGAGAUGUCAUGCAGAACCACCUGCUCCAGAUGCUCUGUUUGGUUGCCAUGGAAAAACCAGCUUCCACCAGCUCGGAUGAUGUCAGAGAUGAAAAGGUGAAGGUGCUGAAGUGUAUUGCUCCAGUGACCAUGUCAGAUGUGGUGCUGGGCCAGUAUGUGGGCAAUCCUGAGGGUGAAGGAGAUGCUAAACUGGGUUAUCUCGAGGAUCCCACUGUACCGAAAGGAUCCACUCAGGCCACCUUUGCAACGGCUGUGCUUUAUGUGCACAACGAACGAUGGGAUGGUGUUCCUUUCAUCUUGCGCUGCGGUAAAGCUCUGAACGAGAGAAAAGCUGAGGUGCGGCUGCAGUUUACCGAUGUCCCAGGAGACAUUUUUGAAAAUAAGUGUCAGAGGAACGAACUGGUGGUGCGGGUGCAACCCAACGAGGCCAUCUAUGCCAAGAUGAUGAGCAAGAAACCCGGAGUUUACUUCAGCCCUGAAGAAACCGAGCUGGACCUCACCUACAAAAGCAGAUACAAGGAUGUGAAACUCCCUGAUGCCUAUGAACGGCUCAUCCUGGAUGUGUUCUGUGGGAGCCAGAUGCACUUUGUACGCAGUGAUGAACUAAGAGAAGCAUGGAGGAUCUUCACCCCCCUUCUUCAUCAGAUAGACAAAGAUAAGCCAAAGCCUAUCCCUUAUAAAUAUGGAAGUCGUGGCCCCUCAGAAGCAGAUGACCUAGUUCAGAAAGUUGGAUUUCGUUAUGAAGGAACUUACAAAUGGGUCAACCCUCACAAACUUUGAUCAGUAAUAAGAUGUAGGGCUUAGGGAGGAAUAGAGGUAGACAAGGAUGGGUGUAGCAGAAACGUGAGCGAUCCUAGCAGUAAAGACUCAGAGGAAUGCGAGCAAGAAACAAAUAAUACCAUUUCUCAGGUAUCAUUAUUAUUCCUUGGAGCCUUCAAAAACAUUCAGAUGAGGAUUAUGAGUUAAUAUUAAGUGCCAUGUUUCUGGUGGUUGAUUUGUUUUAUACACAGCCUUACGUCAUGGCGUGACCAAGUUGAUUCUAAAUUGUAAAAGCAAUGAAAUCUGAACUAUUUACAUUCCCCCGUCAGUAAGAAUUAAGACCGAAUAUUAAAAGGAACAAGCGCACAGCAGCAGGAAUAGCUGCUUAUAAAACAGGAUGGUCACAAGAGACAUGGAACGUGUACACCAGCUGUUAGUCUUAUAUGCUUUAUAUAACGUUUGAUUGAAAUGCUAUUAUGCGUCCACUGCAUUGAUAGUAACAUAUAGGAUUAUUAUUUUGGACCAAGGAUAUAGAAGAUGUGGAGGAUAAAUACUUAAGUUAGCAGAAGUCUUAAGUUUUGUCCAGGACAACGAAUACAAGCUAGGCCUUCAUUAACCGAACUCAAAGCUUCAUUCCAUUUUGUGUUUACAUUUUCGUUUUUCAACAUUUAUUGAUUCCAUAUUUUAACAUUUCCUGGCAGCAGACGUGUUUGCUACCAAUCAUUCUGAACGCUGCCGCUCACUUUAUGUAAAGGUAGCAACACUUCCAUUACUUUCAAUAAACUAGUUUUGCUUCUAUAAA